ACUAAGAAAUGUGAGAAGGCUAAUCGAGCAGCUAAUUAUAUGGUUAUCUAUUGUUUACAUUCUUUAAACAUAUUAAUGCAUAUGUAUAUUUAAAAGUAGCAUAUACAUAAUGAAAAAAGAAAGCCUAUAAUGAUAAAAGGAGAAAGUUUCCUGUUCAGCCGAUCACAUGGGUUGGAUCUUCAGCCGCAACAAGACAUGAAGCUCGUGAGGUGUCACUGGCUUUGCCUCCUUCUUCUGUCUUUCUGCCUGUUGAUAUGGUACAAUCAUAUGACCAGAUUUGGGUUUGUCAUCAAGCGGGGUCUUCGUGGUUACAUGAGGGUUCCAUCGAGCAGUUACGCGAGUUCAUAUUCGCUAAAGUUCCAUUGCGGAAGUUGUGCCAUAGUGUCCAGUUCAGGACAGAUGCUAGGUGGUGGGCGGGGUCAAGAGAUUGACAGACAGGAUUGCGUGAUUCGCAUGAACGCAGCGCCCACAGUGGGAUACGAGGCCGAUGUGGGGAGCAAGACCAGUCUGCGUGUCGUCUCGCACACCAGCGUGCCACACCUGGUACGCAAGCAGGGGUUUUUCUUCGAGAAAGAGGCGGACACUCGAUACGUCGUGUGGGGACCCGAGAUAAACAUGAGGCAGGAUGGAAAGGGAAAGGUUUUCAACAUGCUUGUGAAGCUGGCCAGGGCGUACCCUCAUACCCAAAUCUACUACGUUACUAGAGAAAAGGUUCAGUACUGUGAUGACGUGUUUCAAAAUGAAACUGGGAAAAACAGGAUGAAAUCAGGAGCAUACCUCAGUACUGGGUUUUUCACUUUGAUUUUAGCUAUGGAGGCGUGUGACAGUACUCUGGUUUAUGGCAUGAUUGACGGCUCUUAUUGCAGUCAACCCAACCGCUCAUCUGUACCGUACCACUACUAUGAGGUGUCCCGUCUGGACGAGUGUCGCAUGUACCACGCUCAUGAGCAUGCUAAAAGGGCUGGCCAUCGCUUUAUCACAGAGAAAGAGAUUUACAGACGCUGGGCAUCGCAGGGCAAACUGCACUUUAUUUAUCCAUCCUGGUGAACACGAACGCAUCAAGAAUGAAAGUUACAGGCAAAUAGAUAAUGUAACCAAAUAAACUUAUUCAUUCAUUCAUUCAUUUUUUUAGGGUUUAUGUGAAAUUUUAAAUAACUAUUUAUUUCCUAUAGCAGAAGUUUAUGCUAUUAUUUUACUUCUAGCGCUGUCAGCAUGAUUUUAACUCAUGCUCAUCUCACUUUACAUUUUGUGUGGUUACAUUUUUUUUAUAUAAGAAGCCUUUUGCGUUUCAAUGCUUUAUCAUAUUGUCGAUUGUGUCAAUUGAAUCGUUUGUCGAUCUGUUGUGCAUGUUAUUUGACAUCUGGGUUAUUUUAAUAGAAAACCACAUGAACCUCCUGAUCUAAUUUUAACGUUUAAACUUUGCGUUACUUAUAAAUAACAAUGUUAUUUGCAUAAUUAUGUAAUACUAUUGCUAGUCAAAUGGUAUUUUACUACAUUACAUCACAUGUUACUGCUUAUAAAACAUAAAGAACUGACUGCUGUCCCUCAAUGGAAACCAAGAGAUUUAAAGCUUUUUUUGCACUUAACAAUAAUACAUUAGUGCGUUUACAGAAUGCUAAUAUUCUUUCCCUAAAAUUAAGACUUCUGCUGUGAUCAAUGACAUAAUAAGUGCUGUUUAUGGUCCAAAAAAUACAAUUGAUGCUUAGAUGUUGCACAGUGAUAUCAAAUUUAUAAUCCGUUUUUUUUAAAAAGCCCACUUCAAAUCAAAUGACAUCAAAUGCCUUAUACUUUUGCUUAGGUUGCACUUUUUUAUUAAUUUCAAUAUUUUGCUUUUAGUGAGUGUUUAUAGAGAAAUUGCUGAAAUAUUUGCUGUGGUGUCAGUACUUUCAUGAUCGUUUGAAUAAUUAUUGAAUGUGUCCACUAUUUUAUCGUAUUUUUCUUGCCAUUGUCGCCUUGAGGAUUUGUAAGGCACUAUUCUUUAUGAAGCUGCUUUGAAACAAGAUAGAUUGGUGCAUUUUAAUCCCCUGCGGGGAAAUUUGUUUGCAGGAGCAUCUUAACAUUACCAUACAAUACAAAAAUAUAAACAUGUAAUAUGUAUACUGGAAGGUCUUUAACUGUAUUGUAAAAACCUAAAUACUGUACAUAUUUGCCUGAAACAUUUCAAGUCGAUGCUUUUUUCUGUUUAAUUUUAGUUUCUUAUUCAGGUGAAAUGAAAGGCUGUGGUGCUUUGUUUAUGUCUUAACGUUUCUGUAAGGCAACUGUUUUCAGUUACACUGACUAGAUUAUUUUUAAGCAUUUCAUGUGUUUACAGAUACUUCUCAUGCUUGUCUGUUGUUUUUCUCUGUAACAAAAAAACUACUAACGAAAAAAAAACUACUAAACUGUAAAUUAUAUGAUUUUUAAAUAAAUACAUAAUGAGGUCACA